UUCUGAGUAAGUAAAUAGGAGCGUACAUAUAAAUUUCUAUGUCUAACCAUCAAAUUUUCUCGAAAAUUGAAUUUACAAUACAUGAAUUAAACCAACAAUAAUUUGCUAGAACUAUUUUAAUUUUGGUCUCACCAUGCUACGCCGACAACUAUCAAACAUACCCAAUAAUAAUUUCUUGAUUCGUUUUAACUCUACAACAGGAAAAGAGAAAUGGGAUCUCCUCACAGCAGUGUGCAUUGAAAGGAAACCACAAAUAGUCCCGGAUUUAACAGGAAUUCAAAAGGAGUUUAAUGACCAACUGAAAAGUGUUGAGUUUGAGAAAAGCUGGAAAUCUGCACAUGAAAUCCGACAUGAGAGAGAUGUUAAACAAAUGGAACUCCUAAAGAAAGGAGAUAUAGAAUCAGACUUGGCAUUAAAACAAACUGCCCAGGAUUUUGUGGACAUGAGCUCUGAUGAAUUAAACAAGUUUCAAUUUGGUUCUGUUGUAACAGAGGCUGAUAACAAAAAAGAUAUCAAAAGCACACUAAGAAAACUUAACAAAAAUCUGGUGUUGGUUACACAGACUAAAAUUGGAGAUAAAAACUUUUAUUUGCUGCCACAAGGGAUGAGAAAUGAUGGAGAAACAUUAAGACAGACUGCUGAUCGCGUGAUUAAAGAACAAUUAGGUACAGAAUUGAAAACACAGAUCUAUGGUAAUGCACCUAUAGGUUUCUAUAAAUAUAAAUACCCAAAAGAAGCACAGAAUGCAUCUGUGGGAGCAAAGGUAUUUAUCUAUUUUGCUAGUCAUAAUGGAGGUGUGAUUAAUGAAAAAGUUAAUCAUAUGUGGUUGGAUCGCACGGAACUUCAAAAAGAAUUGCCUGAAAAGUAUCAUAAGGCAGUUCAAAUGUUUCUAAUUGAUGAAUAAUUGUAAUUUUGUAGGUAGAACUUUAAACAUUAGAGUUAUAAACAUUUUUUGUGUUUUAAA